CUUGUCACGUGACAUGGUGAUGUCAGAGGGGCAGCCAGAGCUAGUCUCUGCCCACUCAUUGUGUCCUGGGAGAGGGGCUGGGCUUUUAGGCCUGCACAUAACGGGGAUUAUUAUAGGGAGCUGAUUUCUAUGGAAGCACUCUCUCGCUGCUGGAUGAGGAGCAUGGCAGACAUUGAGGGAUAUUAUGCAGUCAUGGGAUGCCAUUAAUUUGUACAUGGGGGCCUGUGAGCUGCAUGUGAAAGUAGGUAACAGGGUUAGUGCCAGGGGGGCAUGUGUUGGUAUUUUGCAAAUCGGUGACAGGCGGGGUGAGCUGGGAUGUCUGAGGGUGAAGGGCUUCAGAACGGAGGUGCUGAUGAGGAUGGAGGGGUCCCAUUUUUUGUGAACAGAGGAGGUCUCCCUGUGGACGAACCCACGUGGGAGCGAAUGUGGACAUACGUGGCCCGGAUUCACCCUGAUGGAGAAAACCUGGCACAAUCGAUUCGUGGAGCUCCAGAGCUUCCCCGGGUAAGUUGGCAAAAGCCGGCAUGCAUUAAACCAAGGGUACUUGGGAGGGCAUUAUGAUAACUAUAAAAUAAAGAACUUAGGGUUGUUCACUAAAGUGUGAAUUGUCAUGAAUUUCAAAUUGUAGGUCAAAACAACUACACUGAAAACAAAGCUCACUUGGAGGCGGGUUCCAGUUUGGAUACGGAGACAAAAAAUUUGAAUGGGGAAAAAAAAAGUGCUAAUUUGGAAAAAUUUGCCAACUCCGCUAUAGCGCACAGGUUGGCUAUUUUAAAUUGGCCAUUGCAAUUCAGUUUUCAACGCACUACAAUUUGAAGUUUAGUGAAUAAACCCCCGUCAUGCCUCUACAUGCAUCCUUUAUCAUGGUGAGAUCACUGUGCCAUGUACAAUAACUAGUACUGUAUUGUAUGCAUGUUUGAGCAGGGCUCCUCAAUUUGACAUUUGCUGUUUAUAAGACGACUUAAUUUAUAGCACACUGCAGAAUAUGUUGGCACUAUAGAGGAUAAUAAUUGAAGCAGAGUUGUCCAAAUAUGGUUUACUGGUACAAUAUCUGGAGGGCUGUAGCUGUUCAUCUCAGUUUGCAGUGAAUAAAUCACACUAAUGCUGUAUUGUAUUGGCAAUGUGAAAUCCCUCUCCUGCACGCUGUAACUGCCUUAAUAGACUUUAUUACUGAGCGCCUGCAUCUCUGUGUAGAAGGGAGUGGUGACCAGAUGUGAGAGCAAGCGUUUCUCCCAGCGCGCUCUCUCUGGCAGAUGUCACGUUUGGCCGGUACGAUCACACUCUCUGCAUGUCAUUGCUUUACAGAAGCCGUGGGCAUGACCUUUGUGCUGUAUCACAUCCAACUCACAGAAAUUCCCCUUCUGUAUACUGCCAUCACUAAGGAGCAUCCUGCCCAGCUCUCUCUCACCCUACACAUCACACUGUUGCUCACACUAUCCCGAUUAUGCCCCUCAGAUUUAUCUACUACGGAAUCCCACUGUUUCAUAAGGAUUCCAUCCGCAUGCUCCCACUACCCGUCAGAACUGUCUUAUUAUUAUUUAUAUAGCGCCAACAAAUUCCAUAGCGCAGUACAAUGGGUAGACUAACAGACAUGUAUUUAUAACCAGACAAGUUGGAGACACAGCAACAGAAGGGUUGAGGGCCCUGCUCUCAAUUUAUGAUAUUUUGCAUAAACGCAGCCCACCCUGCUUCCAUUCACACUCACACAGAAUGUGUGCUCCCCAGCACAGUUUCCUGUAUGAUCUCACUGCUCAGAAACUCUUCUUCCUUUAUGCUCACUGUGCUAUGCACCUCUCAUUCCUAUAUGUUCCAACAACCGUAGAGUACUGGUAUGCAUGUUCUCAUAGUUGUGCAGCACCCACAUCCCCUUUAUGUUCCCACAGCUUGCAAAAACACCUUUACUCUCCCCCACAGCCAGCUGUUUCCUCCCGCAUGCUACCAUAGCCAGCCGUUGCUACCGCAGCCAACCAACACUUUGUCCUGCACGCUACCACAACCAGUCAACGUUUCCUCCCGCACGCUUCCACAGCCAGCCAUUUCUCCCCGCGUGCUACUGCAACCAGCUAACACUUUCGCCUGCACGCUACCACAACCAGCCUUUCCCUCCCGCACGCUACCACAGCCAGCCGUUUCCUCCCUCACGCUACCACAUCCAGCCGUUUCCUCCCGCACGCUAUCACAACCAGCCGUUUCCUCCCGCACGCUAUCACAGCCAGCCGUUUCCUCCCGCAUGCUAUCACAUCCAGCCGUUUCCUCCCGCACGCUACCACAGCCAGUCGUUUCCUCCCUCACGCUACCACAGCCAGCUGUUUCCUCCCGCACGCUACCACAGCCAGUCGUUUCCUCCCGCACGCUAUCACGGCCAGCCAUUUCCUCCCGCAUGCUACCACAGCCAGCCAACACUUUCUCCUGCACACUACCACAACCAAUGUUUCCUCCCAUAUGCUAUCACAGCCAACCAUUUCCCCCCGUAUGAUCCCACAGCCAGCCAACACUUUCUCCUGCACGCUACUACAACCAGCCGUUCCCUCCCGCAGCCAGCCAACACUUUCUCCUGCACGCUACCGCAGUCAGUCAACACUUUCUCCUGCACGCUACCACAGCCAUCCAGCUUUUCUACACACCGCACAGCUUACCGUUUCCACCCGCACGCUACUACAACCAGCCGUUCCCUCCUGUACCCUCCCACAGCCAGCCAACACUUUCUCCUGCACGCUGCCGCAGCCAGACGUUUCCCUCAUCCGUUACCGUAGCCAGCCAACACUUUCUCCUGCACACUACCACAACCAGAUGUUUCCUCCCGUACGCUACCACAGCCAACCAUUUCCCCCGCAUGAUCCCAUAGCCAGCAAACACUUUCUCCUGCACGCUACCGCAGUCAGUCAACACUUUCUCCUGCAUGCUACUACAGCCAGCCAACACUUUCUCCUGCACGCUACCACAACCAUCAAGCUUUUCUUCACACCGCACAGCUUACCGUUUCCACAUGCACGCUACCACAGCCAGCCAAGGCUUCCUCCCGCAUGCUACCACAACUAGCCUAGGCUUCCUCCUGUCUGCUCCCACAACCAGUCAACGCUUCAUCCCACACACUCCCACAACCAGCCAUUUCCUUUUCUCUGCUCCCACAGUGAGCCAACGUUUCCCCCUACACGCUCCCACAGCCAGCCAACGCUUCAUCCUGUCUGCUCUCAGAGCCAGCCGUUUCCUCCUGUCUGCUCCCACAGCCAACCUACGUUUCCUCCUGUCUGGUCUAACAGCCAGCCAUUUCCUCCUGUCUGCUCCCACGACCAGCCAACGUUUCCUCCUGCACGCUCCCACAACCAGCCGUUUCCUUCUGCACAUUCCCAUAGGCAGCCAAUGCUUCAUCCUGCACGCUCCCACAGGCAGCCAAUGCUUCAUCCUGCACGCUCCCACAGGCAGCCAAUGCUUCCUCUUCGACACUACCACAUCCAGCCGUUUCCACCUGUCUGCUCCCACAGCCAGCCAAUGUUUCUUCCUGUGAGCUCCCACAGCCAGCCAAUACUUCCUCCUGUCUGCUCCCACAACCAGCCAACGUAGAACUCUCUCCUGCUUGCUCCAUAUAAUGUGCUUCACACAGGACUUAUAUCUGUAAGCCCACAGUGGCAUAUAGCACAUGCCUUGGUUCUGUAAUGAAACCAUAUUAUAUAUAGAUGCAUAGCUGACAUUUAAAGGAAUAACACUAUUUAGAGCUCUUAUUCUCAUGUUUCUGCUCCUAGGUGCCCAUACCCUGCGUUCCAGUGCUUCCUGCAGGUGCCUCCGUUCCAGAGCGCGUGGAGGCUAUCCAGAGAUACAUUCGAGAGUUACAGUAUCCUUAAUCUGUGUGCAAUAUGGGUUUUAGUGAGGGAUGAAUGGAGCAAUAUAACGUGAAGAGCACCAAACAUUAUAAAGGUGGAAGUAAAGGGUUUAAAAUGAGAUACAGGAGUAAAACUACUUCCAUUGGAGGGUUAUACAUGUGAUAAAAGGCUAGUAAUAGAAGGUGCUAUACAUAGGAUGAUAUGGAGUAAUAGUAGGUGCUAUACAUAGGAUGAUGUGGAGUAAUAGUAGGUGCUAUACAUAGGAUGAUAUGGAGUAAUAGUAGGUGCUAUACAUAGGAUGAUGUGGAGUAAUAGUAGGUGCUAUACAUAGGAUGAUAUGGAGUAAUAGUAGGUGCUAUACAUAGGAUGAUAUGGAGUAAUAGUAGGUGCUAUACAUAGGAUGAUAUGGAGUAAUAGUAGGUGCUAUACAUAGGAUGAUGUGGAGUAAUAGUAGGUGCUAUACAUAGGAUGAUGUGGAGUAAUAGUAGGUGCUAUACAUAGGAUGAUGUGGAGUAAUAGUAGGUGCUAUACAUAGGAUGAUAUGGAGUAAUAGUAGGUGCUAUACAUAGGAUGAUAUGGAGUAAUAGUAGGUGCUAUACAUAGGAUGAUGUGGAGUAAUAGUAGGUGCUAUACAUAGGAUGAUGUGGAGUAAUAGUAGGUGCUAUACAUAGGAUGAUGUGGAGUAAUAGUAGGUGCUAUACAUAGGAUGAUGGAGUAAUAGUAGAGUAAUAGUAGGUGCUAUACAUAGGAUGAUGUGGAGUAAUAGUAGGUGCUAUACAUAGGAUGAUGUGGAGUAAUAGUAGGUGCUAUACAUAGGAUGAUGUGGAGUAAUAGUAGGUGCUAUACAUAGGAUGAUAUGGAGUAAUAGUAGGUGCUAUACAUAGGAUGAUGUGGAGUAAUAGUAGGUGCUAUACAUAGGAUGAUAUGGAGUAAUAGUAGGUGCUAUACAUAGGAUGAUAUGGAGUAAUAGUAGGUGCUAUACAUAGGAUGAUGUGGAGUAAUAGUAGGUGCUAUACAUAGGAUGAUGUGGAGUAAUAGUAGGUGCUAUACAUAGGAUGAUAUGGAGUAAUAGUAGGUGCUAUACAUAGGAUGAUGUGGAGUAAUAGUAGGUGCUAUACAUAGGAUGAUGUGGAGUAAUAGUAGGUGCUAUACAUAGGAUGAUGUGGAGUAAUAGUAGGUGCUAUACAUAGGAUGAUGUGGAGUAAUAGUAGGUGCUAUACAUAGGAUGAUGUGGAGUAAUAGUAGGUGCUAUACAUAGGAUGAUGUGGAGUAAUAGUAGGUGCUAUACAUAGAAUGAUGUGGAGUAAUAGUAGGUGCUAUACAUAGAACGAUGUGGAGUAAUAGUAGGUGCUAAACAUAGGAUGAUAUGGAGUAAUACAGUUGCACAAAGAAUGAAAUGUUGCCAUGUUUUUAUUGAACACACCAUUUAAACAGUCACAGUGCAGGUGGGAAAAGUAUGUGAACCCCUGGACUAAUGACAUCUCCAAGAGCUAAUUGGAGUGAGAUGUCAGCCAACUGGAGUCAAAUCAAUGAGAUGAGGUUGGAGGUGUUGGUUACAGCUGCCCUGCCCUAUAAAAAACACACACCAGUUCUGGCUUUGCUUUUCACAAGAAGCAUUGCCUGAUGUGAAUGAUGCCUCGCACAAAAGAGCUCUCAGAAGACCUACAAUUAAGAAUUGUUGACUUGCAUAAAGCUGGCAAGGGUUAUAAAAGUAUCUCCAAAAGCCUUGCUGUUCAUCAGUCCACAGUAAGACAAAUAGUCUAUAAAUGGAGAAAGUUCAGCACUGCUGCUACUCUCCCUAGGAGUGGCCGUUCUGUAAAGAUGACUGCAAGAGCACAGCGCAGACUGCUCAAAGAAGUGAAGAAGAAUCCUAGAGUGUCAGCUAAAGGCUUACAAAAGUCACUGGCAAAUGCUAACAUCCCUGUUAGCAAAUCUACAAUACGUAAAACACUAAACAAGAAUGGAUUUCAUGGGAGGAUACCACAGAGGAAGCCACUGCUGUCCAAACAAAACAUUGCUGCAUGUUUACAGUUUGCACAAGAGCACCUGGAUGUUUCACAGCAGUACUGGCAACAUAUUCUGUGGACAGAUGAAACCAAAGUUGAGUUGUUUGGAAGAAACACACAACACUAUGUGUGGUGAAAAAAAGGCACAACACACCAACAUCAAAACCUCAUCCCAACUGUGAAGUAUGGUGGUGGGGGCAUCAUGGUUUGGGGCUGCUUUGCUGCGACAGGGCCUGGACGGAUUGCUAUCAUCGAAGGAAAAAUGAAUUCCCAAGUUUAUCAAGACAUUUUGCAGGAGAACUUAAGGCCAUCUGUCUUCCAGCUGAAGCUCAACAGAAAAUGGGUGUUGCAACAGGACAAUGACCCAAAGCAUAGAAGUAAAUCAACAACAGAAUGGCUUAAACAGAAGAAAAUACGCCUUCUGAAGUGGCCCAGUCAGAGUCCUGACCUCAACCCGAUUGAGAUGCUGUGGCAUGACCUCAAGAAAGCGAUUCACACCAGACAUCCCAACAAUAUUGUUGAACUGAAACAGUUCUAUAAAGAGGAAUGGUCAAGAAUUACUCCUGACCGUUGUGCACGUCUGAUCUGCAACUACAGGAAAUGUUUGGUUGAAGUUAUUGCUGCCAAAGGAGGUUCAACCAGUUAUUAAAUUCAAGGGUUCACAUUCUUUUUCCACCUGCACUGUGAAUGUUUACAUGGUGUGUUCAAUAAAAACAUGGCAACAUUUCAUUCUUUGUGUGUUAUUAGUUUAAGCAGACUGUGAUUGUCUAUUGCUGUGAUUUAGAUGAUGAUCAGAUCACAUUUUAUGACCAAUUUGUGCAGAAAUCCAUAUCAUUCCAAAGGGUUCACAUACUUUUUCUUGCAACUGUAGAUGCUAUACAUGGGAUGAUAUGGAGUAAUGGUAGGUGCUAUACAUAGGAUGAUAUGGAGUAAUGGUAGGUGCUAUACAUAGGAUGAUAUGGAGUAAUGGUACGUGUUAUACAUAGGAUGAUAUGGAGCAAUGGUAGGUGCUAAACAUAGGACGAUAUGGAGUAAUAGAUGCUAUACAUAGGAUGAUAUGGAGUAAUAGAUACUAUACAUAGGACGAUAUGGAGUAAUGGUAGGUGCUACAUAUAGGAUAAUAUGGAGUAAUAGAUACUAUACAUAGGAUGAUAUGGAGUAAUAGCAGUGUUAUACAUAGGAUAAUAUGGAGUAAUAGCAGUGUUAUACAUAGGAUAAUAUGGAGUAAUAGCAGUGUUAUACAUAGGAUGAUAUGGAGUAAUAGCAGUGUUAUACAUAGGAUGAUAUGGAGUAAUAGUGUUAUACAGAGGAUCAUAUGGAGUAAUAGCAGUGUUAUACAUAGGAUGAUAUGGAGUAAUGGUAGGUGCUACAUAUAGGAUGAUAUGGAGUAAUAGAUGCUAUACAUAGGAUGAUAUGGAGUAAUAGAUGCUAUACAUAGGAUGAUAUGGAGUAAUAGAUGCUAUACAUAGGAUGAUAUGGAGUAAUAGCAGUGUUAUACAUAGGAUGAUAUGGAGUAAUAGCAGUGUUAUACAUAGGAUGAUAUGGAGUAAUAGAUGCUAUACAUAGGAUGAUAUGGAGUAAUAGCAGUGUUAUACAUAGGAUGAUAUGGAGUAAUAGCAGUGUUAUACAGAGGAUCAUAUGGAGUAAUAGGAGGUGCUAUAAUGAAGAUUAUAUUGAAGUUAUGGAAUACAUUAUUCUCUGUGCAUUUCUUUUACGUCUGGCUGCAGAUACAAUCACACAGGCACUCAGUUCUUUGAAAUUAAAAAGACCCGACCCCUGACAGGGUGAGUUUGGCUUUAUAUAACAGUGCCAUGGAACAGGGGAGGUUAAAUUUCCUUUAAAUGGUGGAAAUAUUGAUCUUUUCUUCUCUCUUUUUACAGACUAAUGGACCUGGCCAAAGAGAUGACCAAAGAGGCCCUGCCAAUCAAAUGCUUGGAGGCAGUCAUUCUGGCUAUGUAUCCUUCCCUGAAGGGCAAAAUAUCAUAUUUAUAUACACUUAAGACAAUGUCAACCAAUGGCCAAUAGCAAGACCCCUAAACAAUUGUAUGUAGCAUGAAGAUUCUGUGGCAGGUAUUGCUCCUGGCAAGGACAUGUAUUGAUAUUUUCUGUGAAACUUUUAAAAAAAGGGUGGGGGGGAAUCCUCUUUUACCAAUUUAAAAGUAUUUUCCUAAAGACAAAUCAAGCUGCAAUUGUGGAGAAUUGUCUAGGGAAUUUGAUGCCAAUAUAGCUAUUAUUUUCUGCUUGCCUAUUGGCCCUGAAAUUUGGGUCAGUCUCCAACAAUCACGGAUUUACUGAAUAUACCCCAUUCAUUUCUUUUCAGAAAUAGAAAUGCUGGAGAGCGAUUGUAGCAUAGUACAAGGAUUAUCCAUGCUCGUUUUGGGAUGCCACGUAUGCGCACUACAUCCCCAUAAAACAGCCUUAGGGAUUAGGAACUGACUCACUGUCAGGUUCUUAGCCACCUGUUUCUAAAUCAGAGGAGAGAUGGAUGAAAUAAUUGGGAAUGCAACAAAAAGUAAUUAAUAUUGUGCUUUUUCAAAAUUGUCAAGUCUUACACUUCUAGCCAGUCUUUAAAAUUGACUCACCACGGCAGGCAUGGAAAGUCCAAUGCACACUCAUCGGGGGUGAAUUUCUGCUCGCCAUGGCAAAAUGUUCACUUGCCAAUUGCUAGUAGAGAGUGGAACUUUUAAGCCUGAUCUAAAGGAUAUGUAAAAUGAGUGGUAAAUCAAGUAGGACGACGAGGUUAGUUUUUAACUUAUCAAGGGCACGGUGUGUAAUGUAGAGAUAAUAGGUGAAACGAAUCAGGGUCAUUUGGUUUCCUAAGCAUCUAUUCACAGAUACCUAACAAACAACAUCUCUGGUCUAGAGCGCUUUCCGAUUAGCUUCAAGACCCAGUUUUCAGGAGGAUGUUUCAGGCACAUUGUACUGGGUCUCCACUGGAGUGGCCAUUUUGGAGCAAUGGGGAUGAGCCGGCGUGAGGGUCUGAUGUACAAGCCUUUGCGGCACCGUACACUUAAUGAUCUACUAACAGAUUUUCAGGAAGCAUACAGCCGCUGCUGGCAUACUCUCCGCAAAGUGAAGAUAGGUCGCUACGUGUCCCAUGACCCACACAGCGUGGAACAGAUCGAUUGGAAACAUUCUGUGCUUGAUGUGCAGGAGCUGGGGGUGGAGGGACUGCGCAGAGAGCUGGAACGUCAUAGCAGGGAGAUGCGACUCAGGGUAUGUAAGGGCAGCUCUUCACAAUGGCUAUGCAUAAAGAUGGUGGCUUUACAUGUAAAGAGUGAAAGAAAUAUGGGCUGCAUGAUUGAGAAUGUGCACAUGGAGGGGAUUUAGAGAAAAAAAAAAAAAAGACUUGGGCGCACAAGGUGCAUGGAAAGACUAGGUAAGAAACAGGAUGAAUUUGCAAAUGUGAUAGCUCAUGAAAUUCUGAAUGUGUGAACAAAAGGAGGAAUACUGUUGAUUUGGUUUAAGUUCUUAACCUAUCAUAGUAAUAUUGUGUAAUUAUUUUUCAAUUAGAUAACAAAGGGACCCCCAUCGCCGCCUAAAGAACGAAAGAGGGAUAUCACCUCCUCUCCACAAAGAGGACAAUCCAGCCCCCACCGCAGGGAACGUUCUGAAAGACGGUAAUGCACAAAUAUUAUCCACAACUUAACAACAUAUACUUAAGUAGAAAUAGAAACGCUAGACUCAGAUGUGGUGAAAAGGCAAGUUCUUUAUUCCACCAACAAGCAAAUAAAGGCAACACAUGGCUUAAAUUGUAUUAGCAUAAAAAGAUUGUCUUUUUGUGAUCUUUGAUGGAAUCAAUCAUUUCCUUUUUUUUUCUAAUUUUCUGUUUCAACACUAUUGUGAAUUACUGCAAGGUGUAAUUUUGGAAGGUGCCUGUGAUAAAGAACUCAUAACUCUAUGUUACCACUAACGAGUUCUCUUUUAAUUUGUGUAUGCUCCUUUUUUUUCCUAGUUCAUCGGGGGAGAAGCCUUCAGACUCCAAUUCUCUCUCUGACCUCAACAGUUACCAGAUCCGGGUAUGACAGACCUCUGUUAGUCUGGACCCAAGAAAGCAACCCCCUCCCCACUCAUUCUGGAUUAUCUUGUGGAUGAAGACUACCAAUAGUAAAUUAAAGUACCUCCCCCAUCACUUUGGUAUGGAGUAGACGUAAAGCCCUAUAAUUCACCUAUAACUAUACCCAAGGAACACAGGCUCUGUUGACGGAUUUAAUUUCUGGCUGGCUCUUCAAGGAUGUCCACAUUGUACCAGCAGAUACUUACCUUGAAACAUCCCCUAUAUGUCUCUACAUAAAAGGUCUGACUGUGACCGAGUAUCCCAGGAUGGAAACGUCGAAAUUCAGGAAUAUGAGAUCAGCUUGUAAUAUCCUAAAUGUUACCCCUUGGGUUGAGGCCAGUUGUGUGUAGUGAAUUGGCAUACCAGACAAUUACUGCUAUGGGGGUGGAGGGGGCCAUGGGUCAAUAAUAACCUGUUGCCCGCUAUUUGCACACACUGUAGAUUGCCUUAUCACCAAGCCACAUGUGCCAGCCAAUCAGAAACCACUAAUCACAGUCCCCUUCCAAUAGGUGAUGUCACUGCGCUCUUCGAAAGGGAGUCUUUGCUCUCUGCCGUUUUAUCCUUAUUUAUCCUACUUUUACACUGAAAUCCUAAUAAAAACAGAAUUAUUCUGUACAGUGUCGGUAUCUAAUCCGUUGAUUUCUUUUGGAGUUCCUAUGCAACGGAUUCCAAAUACCUGAAUCUUAACGCUCAUGUAUACAGCCAACUCCCCCAGAUACAGCGUAAGAACCAGUACAGUACAGUCCAAAAAAUGAGUUCUCACAGUCUUUGCCCAACUUACAUAUAGUACAGAAAGAAACCUUAAUUCGUUUCCAAGACACUGUACUGACCAUUGACCACUCCGACCUGUACAAACGCAAAGUUCACCUUCCAGCAGCAGAUUUCAAAUGAUGUUUGUGGAGACAGACUUUUUAAUUUAUUUUAUCAGAACUGUAACAAUUGUAACAAUCAAUUAGAAUUCAGACAUUUAGUAGAUUGCAGUAGCAAUCUAAAACUCCCUUACCUAUAUUGCAAUAGCAUUCUGAAAUCCAAUCGCAACACUCAUUUAAAAAAUAUAAUGCAUAAUAUGAUCAAUCAUUUAUCAAACAUAUACAAUGCUUUUAUAUACAACCCCCUGUACACAUUUACAACAUGUGAACAACUCUGUGAGGGGUUAGGCGGUCUUCUGGUAGAGACAUUGAAGUGAAUCUAUGAAAACAAGACAGCAACUAGGCUUUGUAUCCUCCAGGAGUUGGCCACCGGGAGGGUUGCAAGAUCGUCAUGUUUUGAGUUUUUUAAAGACCCCUGUGAGUCCUGCUUUCUGAUGGGCAGAGCUAGGAAGAACUAUGUGUUGGUAUGUUUAGAAUCCAUGAGCUUCUGACAAAAUGUUUCUUAAAAAAAAUAAAACCAACCACAGCGGAGAUACCUGGGAAACUUCACUAGCCAAUGGAUUUCGUGCUGUCACGCAAAUCUUGCCCGACAGAGUGCAGGAAUUAGUAUUAUGUAAUGCAUGGGAAAUAUAGUUCCAGACAAGCAAUGUUUUUCUGCCUUUAGCUAGUGCUCACUAAUGAGCAGGCAGUUGCACUGUGACUCACUGAGUGCCGAGCAUGCAAGGAAGUGAUCACUAAGGUCUGCACCCACCAGAAGUGCAGAACACAUUGUCCACAACUCAAACAUUAACCCCACAUUGGCCAACAAGGACCAUUCUCGCAGAAAGUUCACACAACUGGAACACACCAUAAGAGGGUGGAAGGGGGGGGGGCAGAGUGAGAACCAGGGCGAGACACUUAAGGUUAUUCACUAAACUCUGAAUUCUAACAAAUAAGCCUGAAUGAAAAAACAGAAACAAAAGCUUGUGACUAUAGCCAAGUUUGCAAUUUUUCCAGUUUAGCUGUGUCUCAGUUUUUUCAUUUGGUUUAAUUUGGGAAAACCCUGUCAAUGUCCUGGACGUUAGGCAAGUGCCCAAAACUGAAAUUAUUCUGUGUGUCAGGACAAGUAGACUGUCAUGACAGACAGAGAAUGGGCUACUGCCUUAGUCCUUUGGAAAAUAAGAUUAUUUUUUUGAAAAUGUUUUUUUUAAUUUCCACAGCCCUAGGAAAUUAUAAGUGCCUCACAAAAAAUGACAAUGUGGCAACCUUACAUGUCAGACAGAACAUCCUUAAAAACAAAGCUUUAAAAUGAAUGGUUGGUAGUUUCUCUCUUUGAGUUCACACAUGUAGUGACAGCCGUGCAGUACAUGUUGGUGCACAAACCCCUCUACCCCAAAGUUUGUAAGGUAGGACGAGUAGAAGAUUAUGACAUUUUCACCAUUAGGGUACAGAAAUGUCCAGAGCAAAGCGAGCAAGCAAACACAGGUGGUCUGAGCAGUAGAAUUGGUUUGGGAGGCCGUGAGCAGGCCACAAGUCAUUUUCGGAGAGAAGACACAGUCGUCCCAGGAGUUUCAGUUUGCUGUCUUGAUAGAAACGCACGCCUGAAAGGAGUACAGUAGGAACACAGCAGAAUCUUACCAAUUAGAGACACAAAAACCAAUUAAAGUAUUUUUUACUUUAAUAUCAGAGAUGGCAUCAACUGGCUAGUGCCAGAUUGGUGGACUCACCGUGGCUUGUGUUGUCCUCAACAAGAGGUUCUGCAGAAUAGAAAAUGUAAUCCACCGUGCUGCCAAUACCCAACGGAAUAGUAGUCACCUCUGGGCGACCUUUGGCUACAAGAAAGUGACUGUACACAGAGGUCAGGAGCAAAUUGUGCUGCAGUAUAGGCAGAGACCUGAAAACAACACAAAACUGUAGUAGUCCUAAACACCACCGUUACAAGUAGCUGCUACAAUACUAUGUUCAUACCUGAAGACUGGAGUUUGGCUGUUAGCAAAUAUCAUAGGUGGGGCAAUGUGUACAGUUUCUGUGUCGGGAUCUGAGAGAAAAUAGAGUGAGAGAGGCCAACAUAUGGGUAACCCCAAACCCCUUUUUAAAAUCCUUACCAGGUUGUCGGUCAGUCACUCCAACAAUCAGGCAAAGUUCAGGUGGACGUUGAAGGGCACACUCACAGAAUCUCAGGUGUAAGAUCUGCUCGCGGGUGUAUACAAGUCUAUCUGAAACAGGAACGUUUUUAAACUUUUUUUUUUUCCCCCUAACCUUUUCCCAAAGUCAUUCUACACCCCCAUUGCAGUGUCACCUAACUAAUAACACAUCUCACAGUGUGACUCACUUUACUAGUUCCCUAUACAGUACACCUGUACAUAAACCAUCCAGAAUGACCAUUUACAAGACCCCCAUACAGCAUGACAUUUAUAAUGCACGUACACUUUGUGUAUGACAAAGUGCAAAUACACAUAAAAUACCAUUGCAAAGUGAUUCAGCUUGUGUGUAUGACUUAAAGACAAACAUGUAUUCCUGACUCUGUAGUGUUAAACACCAUCUAGCACCCCGUGGCCUCCCCCUUGACCUCCAUAAAUAUAGUAUAAUCUUACCUUUACUCCAGUCUGCUGCUGAUGGAUCUACCUCUGAUCUGUCUGCAUGGCUGACAUCAGAAGUGGUAUUCUGAGCCAAUCACAAUGCUUUCACAUAGGAAUGGCUGAGACUAUCAAGGAAGCAGAUCAGGGGCAGAGCCAGCACAAGCCAAACACAGCCCUGGCCAAUAGUCAUCUCCUCGUAAAGAUGCAUUGGAUGAAUGCAUCUCUAUAAGGAAAGUUCAGUGUCUCCAUGCAGAGAACGGAGACACUGUAUGGUAGUGCUGCACACUGUGCACUGUGCAGCACUGCCCCAGGAAGCACCUCUAGCAGCCAUAUGAGGAGUGGCCAGUGGAGGUAACCCUAGACUGUAAUGUAAACAUUUAAUUUUCUCUGAAAAAACUGUGUUUACGCAAAAAGCCUGAAGGGAAUGAUUAUACUCACCAGAACAAAUACAAUAAGCUGUAGUUGUUCUGGUGACUAUAGUGUCCCUUUAAUAAAGAAUCCUCUCAUCUAAGUAUAUUUAAUUAGAUAUUUUUUUUUUUCUGGAAACCAAUCGUCACACAUUGUCAUCUAUGGCAAUGCUUCCCUUUUUGAACUAUGCAAUGUCUCUCUCAGGAUGCCAAGUAUCCAUAUUGAUGUCUAACCUGUUUUUCUAAGGUUUACAGCAAAUUGACAGUGAUCGGAGAUACCCAACGCAUCUGGCCAAAGAGGAGCAGAAAGUAUCCAAGGGUGUAGUGUAGGACAAAACUUCUCCUGACCGGAAACCU